AACAUGUUGCCUUCACAAGAAGCCGCCAAGAUUUACCAUGAUAAUUACAUGCGGAACUCCCGCGCCAUCGGGGUACUCUGGGCGAUAUUCACCAUAUGCUUUGCCAUCAUCAACGUGGUGGUCUUCAUUCAGCCCUACUGGAUCGGGGACAGUGUGAGCACGCCGCAGGUGGGUUACUUCGGCUUGUUUCACCAGUGCGUUGGAAGAGGACCGCCCAACCGAGAGCUCACCUGCACCGGAAGCUUCGCCGAGUUCAGCUCCAUCCCCUCCGGCGCCUUCAAAUCGGCGUCGGUCUUCGUGUUUCUGUCCAUGGUGCUGAUUCUGGGCUGCAUCGCCUGCAUGGCGCUCUUCUUCUUCUGCAACACCGCUACCGUCUACAAGACUUGUGCCUGGAUGCAGCUCCUAUGUGGUACGUAA